UAUAAGGCCUCCCGUGUUGACUCCACUCUUAUUGUUAUCGUCGUUCCUCCUAACAACAUCGAUAACCCCUAUACUACAGUAAGCAUGAGUCAGUGGCCAUCUCUUCUAGCAGGGUAUGAAGGUGCAGAACCCCUUCCAACCACGAUCAAUCCUGACGGGAAGUCCCUGUACAACCCACCUGGUCCUCGCUCGGCCGCCUAUGAUGAAUUCCCGAAACAAUUUAGUCCGUCUAAGAAUGGUUUCGACUUCCACAUUUAUUACAUGGCCGCUGUGGCUGCUCAGGCGCAAUAUGCGAAAGAACUACACGAGCGUGUAAGGAGGGAGUUUCCGGAGUUGCGGAUAUAUAGGCUCUGGGAUAAACCAAUCGGUCCUCACCCUACCGCCAUGUUCGAGGUAAAUACAUUCAAUCCCCACCAGACUGGAGCAUUAUUUUCGUGGCUUGUCGUUAAUCGGGGACCUUGCGACGUUCUCGUCCACCCGAACACUGGCGAUGCACUCAGAGAUCACACAGAGCUGGCGACGUGGAUUGGAAGGACAUGGCCAUUGUAUGAGGAAGGUCUUUUCUCUACUCGUCCAAGUUGAAGAAAAUCAGAGCAUCCUCUAUGAAGAUCCUCCGUCCUCUGUAUCAUCAGUCUUCCAGCAGAAAGGCACUGCUUGUUCAUGUACACUAGAUAUAUAUCAUGGCUUACUGCGACAUUUGGU